UUGGAUGCCCGUGGGGUAUGUGGUUAAAUAGGGCAGAAAUAUCUCGGUGUUCCUGCUUUCUGUCCUGAUAGCUUGAGGAGAGUUCCGGUUUUCUCCUUCAUGACCUGGUGGUGUAAUUCUGUGUAGACCAACAAUUAGUUUGACCAGACAUUCUCCCCUUAGGUAUCAGACCAUUCCAGGAGAGAACUGGGGAGAGGUAAUUCUGUUUUCUAGCUUUUCUGUGAUAUUCAGGAUAACCUAAAGUUUGUGAAAAAGGGCUUUGCGGACCCUUUAGGAGCUAUCACCUGAACUAGUUGGCUAAGUGGCUUCAUCAUAUGAUUUCCUAGUUCAUUAGAGUGAUUCCUUUUUUAAAAGAACCUUGGAACUGCCUGUCAUUACACUCACAUCUUAGGAAAACCUCGUACUACACUAUACCGUUGUAAGUAUUGACAUACGGCUAAUUGCACUGUGAAGGAUUUGGACUUUCUGAAGCUUACUGGUGUGUUUUUCAGCAGAUAACAAACAUCUGAAAAUAAAUUCCCUCGGCCCAGCAAAACACCAGAAGAGAGUAGUACGUGUUGUCUAAUCCUGUCUGGUGUUAUUCCAGCAGAGGAAAUCUUGACACCAGAAAAUUGCACUGUUGGCAUGAAUGGGCUAAGAAGCCCCUUGUGCCACGCCCCUGAUCUGCAGCUUUGGCAGGCCGGUGGACCUGGACAAGGACGACUACCAGAAGGUGGUGUGCAACAACGAGCACUGCCCCUCCAGCACCUGGAUGCACCUGCAGUGUUUCUACGAGUGGGAGAGCAGCAUCCUCGUCCAGUUCAACUGCAUCGGCCGGGCCCGCAGCUGGAACGAGAAGCAGUGCCGCCAAAACAUGUGGACAAAGAAGGGCUACGACCUGGCCUUCCGCUUCUGCUCCUGCCGCUGCGGGCAGGGCCACUUAAAGAAGGACACAGACUGGUACCAGGUGAAGCGGAUGCAGGAUGAGAAAAAGAAGAAGUCCGUGUCGGAGAAGAACACGGGGAGGCCCCCCGGCGAAGCAGGGGAGGAAGCAAAAAAGUGCAGGCCGCCGAACAAGCCCCAGAAAGGCCUGAGCCAUGACCUCCCGCGGCGGCACUCCAUGGACCGGCAGAACUCCCAGGAGAAGGCAGUCGGCGCCGCAGCCUACGGGGCCCGCUCUCCCUGCGGCUCCCCUGGCCAGUCCCCGCCCACCGGCUACUCCAUCCUCUCCCCUGCCCACUUCAGCGGCCCCCGCUCCUCCAGGUACCUCGGGGAAUUCUUGAAGAAUGCCAUCCAUCUGGAGCCUCACAAGAAGGCCAUGGCCGGGGGCCACGUGUUCCGAAACACCCACUUCGAGUAUAGUCCGGCUGGGUUAUCCGUGCACAGGGGGGGCCACUUCGACGCGCCCGUGCAGUUCCUGCGGCGGCUGGACUUGUCCGAACUGCUCACUCACAUCCCCCGGCAUAAGUUGAACACUUUCCACGUGCGGAUGGAAGACGAUGCCCAGAUGGGCCAGGGCGAGGAUCUGCGCAAGUUCAUUCUCGCGGCCCUCAGCGCCAGCCACAGGAAUGUCGUGAACUGUGCUCUGUGCCACCGGGCGCUCCCGGUGUUCGAACAGUUCCCGCUGGUGGACGGAACUCUGUUCUUGAGCCCGUCGAGACACGAUGAGAUCGAAUAUGAUGUUCCGUGUCAUCUUCAAGAUGCAGUUUCUUGUCCUAACUUUCUCAUCCGAGGAAGAGGAAGUGAAGUUGCAGGGGGAGCCCCACCCCCUUCCUUUUCCAGAGCUUCACCUCAUCCCGAAUGUCUUUUAACCUUUGUUAAAGGGAGACUCAUGCACCUGUACGCGGUGUGCGUGGACUGCCUGGAAGGGGUUCACAAGAUCAUCUGCAUCAAGUGUAAGUCGCGGUGGGACGGCAGCUGGCACCAGCUGGGCACCAUGUACACCUACGACAUCCUGGCCGCCUCUCCGUGCUGUCAGGCCCGCCUGAACUGUAAGCACUGCGGGAAGCCUGUGAUAGACGUACGGAUCGGGAUGCAGUACUUCUCCGAGUACAGCAAUGUCCAGCAGUGUCCGCACUGUGGGAACCUGGACUACCAUUUCGUGAAGCCAUUUUCCUCCUUCAAAGUUCUCGAAGCUUAUUGAUGAAAGCUUUGCUUUAGUAGUAGCUAUUUUAUUGACCUUACUUCUUUAUUACAUAUCUUUUAUAGGGAGACAUUCUGUGACAUUACUUUCUUUUCUAAUUUAAAGGAGAGUUCCUUUGUGUACAUGUGCCACUGACAUGGGGUUGGCCCCUUGCCCUCUCUUGACUCCUCAGUGUUAGUCUGUGGUCACGACCGGAGCCCAAACAGAUAAUCCUGUGAGUCUGGGCUAGCGGUUCACCAUCACUAAGCGUCUCAUGCAGCUUUGAAGGUGGUGGGGAGGAUAGGGUGAAAUUAGCAAAGGGAUUAUGUGGUUAUAAACUAAAAGCAUGGUAGGUGUUGGAAGGAAACUCCUGUUCCGAUCUUGUUAACCGUCUCAAGACCCACUUCUGAGAUCUUCCCGGGGCCUUGGGAAAAACACGUGAUGUGUGAACGUGAGUCUGUGCCUGGGGAGCUGAUAGUGGAUUAGUCUGUCUUGGUUUAGUGUUCUGCACUGCGCACUGACCACGUUAUUUGCAAGUAGACCCGAGUGCUGUUUCUGUCACUGUUGUGACUUAGCAGUUGUCCUCCUGAAAAUUAUAUCCGAAUUAUAAGACCUGUGAAAACUAAUGGUGUUGCAAAUAUUUGUGGGUAAGUGACCUGUCACAGAGAAUAUGCUAAGUGAAUUUGGAAGUGAUACACAGUGACUCUAGGGAGGGGGCAAGAUCAGGCAGAAAGAACCCUGUCAUUUGAAUUGUGUCUUUGAGGUUGGUCAGAUGAGCCCUGAAGGAGAAUCCAUGAAUAACAUGAUUUGGGUGGGUGUCAAUUUAUGUAGGUUGCACUGUCGAGGUGUCAUCUGAUGUCAGAUCCUUCUUAGGGGUAAUCUCAAAGCCGUGGACCCUAACUGGUGAAUUUCAGAGCCACCGUUACCAUGCCUUACCUUCCACAAAACUGUUACGGCCACAUUUUACCCAUUUAAUGCUGAGUUUCCCAAAUCAUAGGUUUGACCCUAGGAAGGAAAGGAAAAAAUUGCUUUUGAGGAUAUGAGGAAAAGAAUUUUAAUAUUUCUUUUUAACUGUGUUUCAUUUUUCAAAACAUUACCUGUUGUAACAGUAUGUUUGAGAAGAGAUCAUUCUGAAGCUCUCUGUGAUACUUCACUGUUAGUGAAAAAAGAUGGUAAUUUGUGUAACUCGAUUAGUCAGAGCAUUGGGCUUUCCAAAAUACGGACGUGUGUUAAUGGGAGCUUGAUGGUUUAAAUAGACGGGCACCUCAUACCCGUAUAGAAUUGUAAUUGGAAUAUGAUCCCUCAAAAAUGAUUUGAUAAUUUCAAGUAUUACACAUGUAGGCUAAUAGAAUGCUGAAAAUACAGUCAUUUCAUGGGCAGCCAAAUUUGGGGUUAUGUGAGCAUUUUGUGUUAUUCAUUUGGUUUAUACCUUUUUUUUUUUUUUCCCUCUCAGAAAGACAGCUGUUUUUCCUCUCAGAAGCAUUUAGCUAUUAUUGCAAGCAAGUCUCCAUUCUGUUGUAUGAAAUAUUUGAUGUUUUGUUUGAGAUAACAACAUUAAAGAACCAGCAUAUUGACUAAUAUUCUUAUCUUUCAGUUUGGAUGAUUGUAAUUUGGUUUACUGCAUCUGGUUUGGUGUUUGAUGAUCUGAAAAAUUUCACAGUAGGGGGAAAUGCCCAAUGCCUUUAAGAAGUGGCAAAUCGAUAUUGGUCUGGCAGUAUUUGAUGCGACUUAAAAGGUCUAUAGGACAUAGCCCUUGCAAAUUUGUCUUUAAUACACAAAGCUGUAAUUGUGAAUUAACUGGUUCCCCAUUGAUUCUCUCAUGUACCCAAGUAUAAAAAUUGGUUUCUCUUAUCCUAAGAGUAGCAUUUGGAUUUCAGUUCUGAACUUAAAACAUAUAGUAAAAUAAAUGUCUAUAAUGCUGUUUUUUAAUCCACCUAAAAUUUUGUAGAGAAACCUGCUUAUAUUGUUGUUCUGGAUCUUAAAAUUGACACAUUGACACAUUCACAAGCUCCUAGUAGUCUAAAACUACCGUGAGUGUAGUGUCUGAUGCAUUCAGUAUUUUCUCCUUAUAUUUGUUUUCUACUCUCUGAAAAGUAAGAUGAGGAGUUUUCCCUGUAAUUGGAUAAAAUUUGCUUUUGGCCUUUAUUUGGAUGACAAAGUUAGGAUUCUGUGGAUGCUGCAGUUGUGUUAAAAGCCAAGGCACAGGUAUCAUCUGAGAGUAUCUUUUGCCUUUAAGGCAUCACGUUCUCCUCUAAAGUAGAGAAUCUGGCUUAUUUGAGAAUAAAAUAUAAUUGAGUAUGCAACAAUGUGGAGAAUAAAUCUUAUUUUGGAAAUGUGCUGACCUUGGUAUUUUUGCCACACUUUGUCAAAGUACUUUGCUCUGGUGGAAAUUGGAAUAGGUCAAAAAUGACCAUUUUUGUUGUGGUUCGGAUAUUAAAGGACAUUAGUCACACCAGAGAUCCAUUUUCUUUUUUUCUGAUAAGUAGUGUUCAAUAAAAUGAACCACUUGUAAGUGAUUAGUAAUUUCAAAGUGAGUUUUCAUCUGUUCUAACUCUUUUUUUUAUUCAUUUAGUUUUAAGCAUUCUGUACCUGGAACAAAUAAAAUGUUACCUGCUUCAUUCUAGUGAGAAACUCUUUCUGAUGGUUUUAAUACUUCCUCUUCAGGCUGACUCAGUUCUCCACUCCCUUCUGGUUGCAUCUGAAGCAAGUGAUAGAUAUACUGAGUUUAUCAGCUGCUUGAUUAAAAGAUAGACAUUGGCCAUGAAAUUGCAGAGUGGGAUGAAUUAUUCCACUCUUAAGAAAGAGCUCUCCCCGGUCUUUACUUUCCAGUGUUUGCAAAAGAAGCUUAUUUUCAGAAUAAAAAGUAUUUUCGUAUCUGUUUGGGGGGAGAUGACCUCAUCAGGAAAGAAUAUUAUUCGGUGUUGAAAUACUAAAACUAACGGAUAGGCUGACAUGUAACUUCUCAGACCGUGAGACCUAACUUGCUGCAGUCUUCUGUUUUGUCCUGUAAGACUGACGCUUAAUGUACAGUCUGUUGUGCUGUGCCCGGAUCAGGACCUCCACUCAGCUCUCCUCUUUGGUCUCCUGGUUGCAGCUCUUGAGCAUUUUUAGUUGGAGGUUUGGGGAGGACUUGAGGAAUAAGUGCUCCUGUUCAGUGUUUUCGUUCCUUUAAUAGGAUGCUGCCUAACCCAGCUCAGCUCUGUGUCCUGUUGACUUUGUUAUUAUUCCAGGUAAUGGAAAGAAAAAAUAACGGAUGGGCAUCAUUAAAACCAGCUCACAAAUAUAUUCUUGUCAGUAAACAUUUCUUGUCAAGAUGUCUUGGAUUGCACUUUUGUUGGGGGAAGAAAGUGUAAAUAGUUAAAGAAUGUUGAUAAAACUGAAACAUUUGGUUAUGGAAUUGUGUGUGGUGUUUGAAGGUUUCUGUUUGUGACAUGUAUGUAUUAAAAAUAAUAAAAUUUCAGAAACUAACAUUGUA